UUAACGAGAUGUUUUAGGGCAAUGGAGCGUGAACAGUGUGAAUCAUUUGAUGGCAGCGGAGAUUCAUCCGGCUCGGACACGCUGUCAGAGGGCGAGACGAGAGCCGAGUUACGCUUGGAAGAAUUGAAAUGUCACUCCUUAUUUGUGAGUCUAGAAGGAAUAGUCAAGGCGAAUGAUGCAAAGGAAAGCAACGUGAUGAUGAUAGCGAGGAAGGGGGAUCACAAUGAAGGACAUGAAGAAAAUGAAACGGACGAGGAUGAACUGCCGGAUAACAUCCUCUAUCCCCCCUCCAUGCCCUUCCGCAAGUCCAGUAUCCCUGAGGUCUCUCACACCUCCAGCUUAUCGCUGAAAUUAAAACGACAGCUCAGCGAAGACGGCAGACAGCUCCGGAGAGGAAGCCUCGGCAGUGCCCUAACAGGGAAGUACCUGCUGCCGUACGCAUCAGCCCAUCAGGCAUGGCCAGCCACAGGCUCUGAGACCACCAACCUAGUGCGCAUGCGCUCACAGUCCCUCGGCAAGUCUGCACCCUCCCUCACGGCCAGUCUGAAGGAGCUCAGUCUUCCCAGACGUGGAAGUUUCUGCAGGACGAGCAACAGAAAGAGUCUGAUAGGAAGCGGACAGUCGUCAGCUCUUCCUCGGCCACACUCGCCUCUAUCAUCACACACAGGCACAAGUCCUCAAGACAGCCCUAGGAACUUUUCGCCGAGUGCUUCAGCUCAUUUCUCCUUCACACGCAGGACUGAUGGGCGACGCUGGUCCUUGGCAUCACUUCCCUCAUCUGGAUAUGGAACUAACACACCCAGUUCUACCAUCUCUUCAUCCUGUUCAUCACAGGAGAAGCUCCAUCAACUGCCCUUCCAGCCCACGCCAGAUGAGCUCCAUUUCCUGUCCAAACAUUUCUGCACCGAGAGCAUCUCUGGAGACGAACACAGGAGAGUCACGCCCAUGCGGCCACGCUCUCGCAGUCUCAGUCCUGGAAGAUCGGCGUCAUGCUGUGACCAUGAGAUUAUCAUGAUGAAUCAUGUGUAUAAAGAAAGAUUUCCUAAGGCCACUGCUCAGAUGGAGGAGCGCAUCAAGGAAAUCAUUCAGAGCAACUCCCCUGAGAACGUCCUGCCUCUGGCCGAUGGUGUGCUCAGCUUUGCUCACCACCAGAUCAUCGAGCUGGCCAGAGACUGCCUGGAGAUGUCUCGCCUUGGCCUGGUCACCUCCCGAUACUUUUGUGAGCUCACAGAUAAACUGGAAAGGCUCUUUCAGGAGUCGACUGAGCGAUCAGAGAGUGCAGAGGUGGCCUUCAUCAAGGAGCUGGUGAAAAAGAUACUCAUUGUCAUCGCCAGGCCCGCACGACUCCUGGAAUGUCUGGAGUUUGACCCUGAAGAGUUCUAUCAUCUUUUGGAGGCUGCAGAGGGUCAUGCCAAAGAGGGCCAAGGCAUCAAAACUGACAUCCCACGAUACAUUAUCAGCCAACUUGGUCUGACAAGGGAUCCACUUGAGGAAAUUGCACAGUUAACUAGCUACGACAGCGGGAUUGCAGAAACACCAGAGACGGAUGACUCCGUCAGUUCGCACAGCCUGAGUGCAGCACUACGGUCCAGACGCAAACCCUGUGAACUCGACUUUGAGAUGAUCAAACUGAUCAGCAAUGGGGCUUAUGGUGUGGUGUAUUUAGUGAGACACAAAGAGACCAAACAGCGCUUUGCCAUGAAGAAGAUCAACAAGCAGAACCUGAUGCUGAGGAACCAGAUCCAGCAGGCGUUUGUGGAGAGAGACAUCCUGACGUUUGCCGAAAACCCGUUUGUGGUGAGCAUGUACUGCUCAUUUGAGACUCGGCGACAUCUCUGCAUGGUGAUGGAGUAUGUGGAGGGAGGUGAUUGUGCUACUCUGCUGAAGAACAUGGGCCCUCUCCCGGUUGACAUGGCCAGAAUGUAUUUUGCUGAGACUUUGUUAGCACUAGAAUAUCUCCACAACUAUGGAAUCGUCCAUCGAGAUCUCAAGCCAGACAAUUUGUUAGUUACUUCAAUGGGGCACAUCAAGCUGACAGACUUCGGCCUGUCGAAGGUGGGGCUGAUGAAUAUGACCACUAACCUCUAUGAGGGGCACAUUGAGAAGGAUGCCAGAGAGUUCUCUGAUAAACAGGUUUGUGGGACUCCUGAGUACAUCGCCCCAGAGGUAAUCUUGAGGCAAGGCUAUGGGAAGCCAGUGGACUGGUGGGCAAUGGGCAUCAUCCUGUAUGAGUUUCUGGUGGGCUGUGUACCGUUCUUUGGAGACACUCCAGAAGAGCUGUUCGGCCAGGUCAUCAGUGAUGAAAUAAACUGGCCGGAGGGUGAAGAUGCUCCUCCGUCUGAUUCUCAGGAGCUCAUCACACUGCUGCUCAGGCAGAACCCGCUGGAGCGCCUUGGCACGGCAGGAGGGGCGUAUGAGGUCAAGCACCAUCCGUUCUUCAACAGUCUGGACUGGAACAGCCUGCUAAGGCAGAAGGCAGAGUUCAUCCCUCAGCUGGAGUCUGAGGACGACACCAGCUACUUUGACACACGAUCUGAUAGGUACCAUCAUUUAGAAACCGAGGAGGAAGAGGAUGAAACCAAUGAUGAAGAUUUCAAUGUGGAACUGCGCCAGUUUUCCUCAUCCUCACACCGAUUCUCCAAAGUAUACAGUAGUCUGGAUUUGUCUCGUGGACAUCUUGAGGAGAAAGGAGAACAGACAGAGAAGAAGACCGACAGUCCACUCACCGUUGACUCACUGAGCUGGACUCCAGACUUCACUGAGAUCCCCUCUCUCUCUCAUUCAUCUGACACGGAGAGCACCAGUGUGAGCAGAUGUUCUGGUCUCCUCCCUAAGUUUGCCAUCUCUGCAGAAGUGGAGGACGGCGAGGGCUCCAUGGAUCUGGAAGAUCCCCGUAAAGUGACCUUCAGUAUUGGAGAACUGCCUCAGGAUGAGCCGGAUCCCACCACACCUGGUAGCACCAUCAGCAACUGCACCCUUUCAGGCAGUUUCUCAGAGCACCUGGAUCAGGUGCCAUUGCAAGGAGAGGGAGUGGAGAGUCCGGAAAGUUCCUGUAAGGUGUCAUCUGAUACAGGCUCCUUCCUGAGCACUCCUAGACUAGAGGCCACAGAAAAGCAGUUUGCAAUCAGCAAAGUGCCAAAAUCGGUGUCUACUGGUGCUUUGUCUCUCAUGAUCCCUGGAGAUAUGUUUGGUGUGUCUCCAUUAGCAAGUCCGAUUUCUCCAUACUCACUGUCAUCAGACCCCUCCUCCCGAGAUUCCUCCCCCAGCCGAGAUUCCUCCCUCUCUUGUGUCAGCUGUCGUCAGCCAAUCAUCAUCCACAGCUCAGGGAAGAAGUUUGGCUUCACUUUGCGAGCGAUCCGGGUCUACGCCUGUGACAGUGAUGUUUAUACUGUUUAUCACAUGGUUUGGAAUGUUGAGGAUGGUGGGCCAGCGCAAAAGGCUGGUCUUAAAGCUGGAGACCUCAUCACUCAUGUGAACGGAGAAACGGUUCAUGGGCUGCUUCACACUGAGGUGGUGGAACUACUGCUGAAGAGUGGAAGUAAAGUUGCAAUAUCCACAACCCCUUUUGAAAACACUUCAAUCAAAACUGGUCCAGCUAGAAGAAAUAGUUACAGAAGCAAAAUGGUUAGAAGAACCAAAAAGCCUAAGAAGGAGAAGACACAAGAAAGGCGACGAUCAGUAUUCAAACGCUUCGCCAUGCAGCCCUCUCCGCUCUUACACACCAGCCGCAGUUUUUCAUCACUGAACCGCUCGUUGUCCUCUGGAGAGAGUCUGCCUGGAUCUCCCACACACAGCCUUUCACCACGCUCGCCGACAGCUGCCUUUCGCUCAGCACCCGAUUUCAACCAGUCAGGUGGCACUUCAUCACAGAGUAGUUCCCCCAGUUCCAGUGCUCCUAAUUCGCCUGCAGGCUCUGGCCACAUCCGACCAAGCACUCUGCAUGGCCUGGGGCCUAAACUCCCCGGACGGCUCCGUCAGGGCCGACGCAAAUCAGCAGGGAGCAUUCCCCUCUCUCCAUUGGCUCGGACACCCUCUCCGACCCCUCAGCCUCAGCCCACCUCCCCUCAGCGCCCUCCAUCUCCCUUACUGGCUCACACAGUGGGGAGCUGCAAAACUUCUCAGGCGUUCUCAGCCAAAAUGCACUCACCUCCCACCAUAGUCCGGCAUAUGGUGCGACCCAAGAGCGCCGAACCUCCUCGGUCACCACUCCUUAAGAGAGUCCAAUCAGAGGAGAAACUCUCUCCCUCUUAUGCUGGAGACAAAAAGCAUUUAUGUACCAGAAAGCACAGUUUGGAGGUCACCCAAGAGGAGGCUCAAGCCGAAGCUUCAUCUAGUGGGGAGCACACCCCACCACCAUGCAUAGAGGAGAGCAGUUCCUGUGAACCACACACUAUUACUCGGGUGAGGCCUGCUGAACAGGGUUGCUUAAAGCGGCCUGUAACCCGCAAGGUUGGCCGUCAGGAAUCGGUAGAGGAGCUUGACAAGGAAAAGCUGAAGGCCAAAGUCGUGGUGAAAAGGCAAGACUGGGCUGAGAGACGAGAGUCUUUGCAAAAACAAGACACCAUGCAAGAUGUAGAAUUUUCUGCAUGUUCACAACUUUCUGAAGAUAAGGAAUGGGGCAUCCUAACAAGACCCAUUGUUAGAACACAAGGUUCCGAAUCUGGAUCCCUGGAGAAAUCUACUAAUGCUACUUUGAAGGACGUGCUCUACAAAAAACUAAACCCAAGAAUUUGUGAAAGCAUAUCGGAGUCUCUCAGCAGUGGGGACUGUGCAUCACUUCUUAGUGAGAAUGUUAGAUCACCUUCAUGUCACUCAGAGAGACAGAUGUCCAGGCCAAUAAAAGAAGUUAAUAAACCAGACCGGUUAGAUAAACUAGCCCCCAACAUGGAGUUUGUGAGGAAGAGACAGUCCUUUGAUGAGAGAGAGGACUCUUUGUGUCGAAUUUCCCCUGGUAUUCAUGAAAGCAUUCACUUCAACACCACCAGGUCCAAAAGUCUUCAGCUGGAUUCUGCUUUGGCUUUAGAACAUGUGAAAGGGGGAAUAUGCAACAUUCACAGCACUUCUGGAAUUGGUGCAGAUUCUUUAGCCACUAAGCUAUUCAUUGGGAGAGGGGAGAGCGCCGUUGAAAAGCUUCAGAUGAUCUCUUCUGAAGGUCCCAUCAGGAAGACCUCCUCUGAGUACAAAUUGGAGGGAAGACUUGUGUCCUCUUUAAAACCACUAGAGGGCACUCUAGACAUUGGUCUACUUUCUGGGCCUCGAGUGUCCAAGACUGACACAUGUCUCUCUAAAAUGGCAGACAGCCAUUGUGAAAGUGGUAUAUUGGCAGGAGAUCCAUUUGAGAAACCACUAAUUCAGCAGAAAACCACAGAGAAACUAAGAGCUCCACAGGCAGUGACAGCAGGGACUUUUAACCAAAAGGACAAUGUGAAUUUAAGCAGUAAAAACAUUACAAAAAGAGAGUCCAUAUCCAACAAGGACUGUAUAGUUGGUCCUGCUUGCAGUGAAGCUGUACAUGAUAGAAAUACAUUUAAUGAUGGAAUGAGGUUCCAAAUUACAACCUCUAAAGUGGAUUCCAACCACGAAAGUGUGAAAUCGGAGAGUCGGCUAAAGACAGCUCUGGAGCUCAGGGCUGCACGGCACUGUGCUCAUUUUGCAUGUGGAAAAACACCCUCCAUUAGGGAAGUCAGCAAUGAAGAUCAGGAAGAUGAUAUAGAAAACCCUGAGGAGACCCUUUUGCCUUCAAACCAAAAUCACACUCAGAAGAUACAAUCAGUCCCUAUCAAAACCUAUGAACCUGAAAAGUACCUGGCUUCAUCUUCUGUUAUUCCUCAACUAAACUCUUUCCAGCAAACCCCAGAAGCAAAAUCUACUGGUAAUAAAAGUGAGCUAGUUGAGGCACCAUCCAGUUCACCAAAACCAGUGUUGUCUGCAGAGAAGCGUAGCCUACAAAGUAUGAAUAAAGACAAACCAUUCAAUACAAACAACACUGUUGCAGGGCAGACCCAUCUUUCAAGACAGGUUGCAGGCAAUGCACUUGGGACAACAAGCCCAACUUUGGCUGCACCACAGGAUCCAUUACAUAGAAAGAAUAGAGACGCUACCACCAAAGACUCUCUUGAAUUAAGUUCAGGCAAUCUUCAAGAUUUGAGUGGAGACAAACCAGCCAGCACAGUAAAAAGUUUAGACAAACGCAUUGAGAAUACAUUCAGAGACACAACAGGUGGCACACCAAUCUCAAUUGCUGGCCCAGAGAAGGCUAACAUACUGGCAUAUGUCAAUGAAAAAUCCCUCAUCCCAAACAAUGUAUCCAUAGCUUCCUCAGUCCCAACAUCUGUGUCAGUUGUAUCUGUCUCAACAUAUGCAGAACCACUGGAUAGUCCUGUUAUUAAAUGCCCAUUGUCUCUAAAACCUACCCUUCAAAGGAAAGCAACUCCAUCCUCCAUUGCUGCCCCACUGAAGGCAAUGCCUGCCACUGAUUCACAGUCCCAAUCCUGUGAACGCACUGUCCUACAAUUUUCUGCAUUGGCCGAAGUGAAAAAAACCACCAUCCAAGCUACACAGUCUAUACAAACAUGUGUCAAAAGCUCUGUUGGCUUGGCAAAUGGACAGACAGUUCAAAUCCCCAAACAAAUCACAGACAGAACACAAAAUUCCAGUGUGUCAGGUGGUAGCAAAGAAUCAAGUGUGCAAGGCCCUCAGUCUCAACAGUUUUUCAACAAAAACAAGGUUCAAGUAAAUUCAGAUGAGGGAAGUAGCCAAUCCAAUUUGACUGUGAAGAAUUUAAAAACCAUGUCAACAUCUGGAGAAAAAAUGGCAGGCUCAAGAGAUAAAAUGGCACUUCUAAAGGACUUAAAAUGCAGUGUGACUGAAAUAAAUGCUUGUGACCCCAAUACUUCAGUCAAAACUGAAGUCUCAAAGAGCUGUGUAAAGCAAGAAGCCCUUAUCAAAAGUCAAGUAAAUGUUAGUACUACAUUGAAGCAGGACUCUGGUGCAAGCCCACCAAAGACUAAAAGUUGUGACACUACAUCAAGAGACACUGUGCAAUCUGCAAUUAAAACAGAGGAUAAGCAGAAAUUCAAGAGCAUUCUUAACGUAGACAACCAGAAAGCCAUUAAACAAGUUAUAGACAUUUGCACGACAGAGACAGUUCCAGCCAAGACUACAAUAAAACAGACACAAUCACCUGGAUUUGCAAUAUUGAAACAAACUCCAUUGAGUUCCAAAAACAAGCCCAGAGUAGACUCUCCGCUUGUUACGCAAUCUAUUAGGAAGGCAGUUGAAGAUAAGGGAAAGCAAGAGAACAAAGCACAGCUACAGCCCAUUGGCAAAGAAAGCAUAGUAAAACCAAAGGAGCUGAGAGAGUCAGUUUCAACUACACCUAAAGCCCAGCCCCAGAAAGACACCUGCAUUGGUUCUCAAGGUGUGCCAGUGUUGCCUGUACCAGCUGUUAAAAUCCAUGUUUCUAGUGGCUCUCCUCCAGUUAAAGGUGGCACAGUUGAAAUACUUGGGCUUUCUUCUAAGGAGCAAAUGAAGCUCAGAAUUGAUGCUCCAAGGUCAGACUCUCUCAAGGGCUCUAGCACUAGUGAUGCUAUAGGGACUACUGCUUCUAGUACAUCCAGUGAGUCAAAGGUGACUGAUAAACCGAUUUUAUCUAGUCAAAAAGAGCUAGUAGAAAAGAAGGAGCCCUCUCAAGAGUCAUUGUCAGCACCAAAAACUACCCAUAAAGACUCCUCAAGAGGCAUAACGUUGGCAAAGGACAGUACUAUUUCUGAAAAAGAUUCAGUCCGUUCUAAACAAACAAAGUCUCUGCCACAAGUUUCUGCUUGUAAAAAGUGAUAAUUUAGUGUAGUUGCCAAGGUUAAUGAAUUUUAAAAGGAUCAUGAGUAUAUGUAAUAUCAUGAAGCCUUCCUAGUUGAGGACCGGUGAAGCUGUUACUUUGGGUUUUCUCAAGACACCAUAGAGAUACAUUUUUUAUUUUUUAUUCCUGUUGUGAUCUAUUAAGCUCUGUUAAUAUAACAUGUCAAAAAAUUGUAUGCUGAAUGUAGAUUUGUUUCGCUGCUUGCUUGUGGUCACUUUUUAGAUCUCGCAAAAGCACCAAAAUUAGUCAUGGUAUUGUUUUGUUGCUGUGUGAUGUAACAAGUGCCGUGUGCAAUAAUUUGGUACCAAACGAAAAGGACCUCAGAUGUAGUGCAGAGGUGCAAGUAGACUGUGGAACAAAAGCUUCAUGAUUAUUCAAACUAAAGUUAAGUAUUAAACUGGUUUUUGAAGAAUUUAAAACCAUUAGGAAAAUAUAUGUAGCAAUGGUGCUAAUAAUGUGACUUUGACCAUGCAAGCAGGACAGAUCGCUAAAAUUGUAUUUCUUUUAUUAUUUUUCGUCUGACUUUGUUUUACAUUGUUUUGUUUGUUUGUUUUUUUCCUUAUCAGCAAAGUUUUGUUUUGGGCUGUGGUGCACAGAGGGAAAGCACUUUGUCCUGUGCUUCUCACCUAGAACUAUUUUAUAUUGGAAUCAUCUUAUGGUUCUGGAAUCAUAGUGGAAGGGGCCUUAGAGGUUUUUUGGGGAAUUAUGACUUGCUGUUCUUAGCAGGUUUUUGGCGAAAUUCACAUUCCUUUCACAUACAUUUCUAAAGAUUCAUUUUUAUGCAAUAUAUUGUAAAUACAGCAGCGUUAAUUGUACAGAGGGGUCGGUUGAAAGUGAGUGUUGUAUGUAUAUAUUUUGCUAUGUCAUAUGUUUGUAUAAUGUACUAAAUGUUAUAGUCUCCUAGUGAUGUCAUCUGCUCAAUAAUGAAUCUGAUAUGGACUCUAAACUAGAAAAAUAAUCAUAGUCUCACUCUAAAAUUAAGUGUACUUGAAGUUUCACUGAGGUAUGUUGGGGUUAACCAUGUGGAUUUUCAGAAAUGCAUUUUAAGCAUUUUAUUUUUGCUCUCCAUAUGUUCUCUUUACCAUUGUACUUGACACCGCUAAUAUUGAAAUCAAGAAUUUACAUUAAACAGGGACAAGAUGUCGCACAUUGUGUUAAAGGCAAGUUUCAGAAACUAAAUGAUUACCCCAUGAGGUUUGCUAGUGUGUAGAUUAUAUUUACCGUCUGUUAAAUUUACAAGCUUUUAGGGCUAACAUUUGCCAUUUGGCAUACAAGAACAUGUGUACUACCCCUGGUUUAGUUAAAAGGGCUUAUACAGGGAUAAUCAAAUGUGCUUUAGUGAUGCUUGGUGGGACGUCUGGGCCGUUGGUAAAUGUCAGGAGUUUCACUACAUGUUCUUUCUUUAUGUCCAGUCAGUUGCUAACCUUUUCGUAUGAAAAGUACAACACUAAAUAUGGAUUGUGAAAUAUUUUGAAGUAUUUUUGCUAUUAAUUUCACAUCUCUAGUCAUGCUACAGAAUUGUUGAGCACAUUUCUUUCAUAUCAGAGAUGUUUCAAACUCUAUUUAAGCAAUGUUUUUUCUUCCUGUAAGUUUAAAAUCAUAUUUGUUAUUAGUUUCGCUUGAUCUUAAGACAGUUGCAUUGCAACAGAAAAGAGGAGAUUGUGAAUAUUGUCUUUUGAUACUUGGUCUUACCUUUAAACCUAAAAUAGCUCUACAGGUACGUGUGCAUCACGUAUCAAACUAAAGUAACCGUAAAUCUAACUUGUCAGUUUAUUGCUAAACACAUAGGGUAUAUUAGAGUAUAAUAAUAAAGUACUUCCACUAUUAAGUGUUUUAUGUAAGCAAAGUGCAUUUAUAUGAGCUGGAAACAAACGUGCUUACAAACAAGAUUGUAGAGAUUUUAAACUGGAUAAGCAGACUGAAGUUUCUGUUACUCAGACUUUACACAUGUAGUUUAGUCUGGAAAGAUGCAAUGCACUUUAAGAUUGAAAACAAUGCAUAUUGGGGUUCUUGGGAAUAGAUUCUAAGCAUAAUAGUAACUUUAAUGAUAAAAAAAAAUUAUGUUUUAUAGAGCACAUGCAUUGUUUAUGAGCUAUUAUUAAUAGUAUUGUAAUGAAUUAACCACAAACAUUUUUGUUAGAAAAUAUUUUUUCCUCCUUGCCUUUUCUGACAAUUGAUGUUUAAAUCCUUAAAGAAGCACAUUUAAUGUUUGUUUACAACUACUUCAUGGAUGUAUAUUUUGUAUAUUGUGUUAUUUGCCAAAUGAAUGUGCUAUGUCACAGGAAAUUAUGCUGUGAUCGAUGUGUGUGUUUCUCUUACCAUACACUUGCUGUCGAAGUCUGUCAGUGGGUAACCUAAUUGUUUGUUGUCUUUCUAGUUCAGUAUGUUCCUGCUUGUUUCCUGGGGUUUUCUUUCUUCUCUCUACAUGUGAAAACAGUGUUUAUGUAGAUGACUGCUUAUCAUUGUCUUUUAGGAUCUGUACAAUAAGAGAUGUGGUUUUGAGUUUUGUAAAUCACCCACGGAAAGCACUAUGGAUGUCAUAGAUGUUGUAAACUAUACAAAUAUUUAUACUUCUAAAGUUGUAUUAUAUUGAAAAUAAAAA